AUGACCUCCUCGCCGUCUGCGCCAGGUGACGUGCCGGGCGCCGGCGUGCUGCCGUUUGGCGACGACGCGAAUUCGCCGGAGCUGACGGCCGUGCUCGGUGCCAUCGCGAAGUCGGUGGUGGACAUCGGGGUCCGACUCCGCGAGGGCGGUGCGGAGUUCGCAGCGGAGGCGGUGGGGACGCAAAACUCCUUCGGGGAUGUCCAGCUGUCGGUGGACGUCUCGUCGGAUAAAGUUGUCUUUCAACGGCUCAAGGGUCUAGCGGCGGUAGCCUCCAGCGAAGAAACCACCGAGGAGGUGUCGAUGGAAGGUACUUACUCACCUUUGUAUGCGCAUGACCAUGUACUUACCACGUUCCGCAUCUGUACAAAGAAGUUCAACAUUUUUUGCUAAUCAAAUCUGUGUACAAAAAACUCAGGUCCGCCCCACUACUCCGUCGCCUUUGACCCCUUGGAUGGAAGCAGUAUUGUGGACGCUAAUUUCACGGUCGGGAGCAUCUUUGGUGUGUGGCCAGGCAGUACGUUGCUGAACGUGACGGGGAAACAGCAGCAUGCGGCCGCCAUGGCCAUGUAUGGACCCCGCAUUACCAUGGCCGUGGCAACGGUGAACCACGGCACGGUGGAGUUCACGUGGGCCCAGAACAGCUGGCGGAAAACGAAAAGUUUUGCCGUCCAGCCGAAGCUCGGCAAGGUGUUCGCGCCGGGGAAUCUCCGCGCCACGGCGGAUAACGCGCUGUACUCGAAUUUGGUGCAACACUGGAUCAAGGAAAAGUACACGCUGCGCUACACCGGUGGCAUGGUCCCCGACGUGUACCACAUCCUCUUCAAGGGAAAAGGAAUCUUCACCAACUGCAGCAGCCCCGGCGCAAAGGCGAAACUCAGGUUUAUAAAUAUACUUUGAAACUUUUGUCUACUCGAAAUUUGCUUGUAAGCAAGUGAAUUCAUGAUACCGUCGUGUUUCAGCGAAACACGACGGUAUGAUGAACUCAAAAUCUUGCAACUUGUACGGGUGCACGCAAAGUCGUAUUUUCAGCAUCAUUUUAUACGUCAUUUGGUGCGUAGUGCCGUGCUGUUUGCGAUUGAUGUAGGGGAAAGUGCUGAAAAAACCAACAUGUAGGGGUGUGAGGUGUGCGUGCGAGCGCACGCACGCACGCACGCCUUCCUUCUCACCUUCCUGCGCGCACGAGCGCGCGCGCGCGCGCACGCACACCUUCCUGCUCACCUUCCUGCGCGCACGAGCGCGCGCGCGCGCGCGCGCACACACCUUGGGUGAGGCGCGCACGAACGCAUGCGCGCGCACGCGCGCACGCACACACACACACCUUCCUGCGCGCGCACACAUUCAUGCGCGCACGCGCGCGCGCGCACACCUUCAUGCGCGCGCGCGCGCGCGCGCACGGGGAUGGGGAUGAGACGCGCGUGAGCGGGCGCACGCACGCACGAACGCAGGCGACAGAGCGUUCGCAGUCGUUCUUGUCGCUUGGAAAAGGUAUCUGUGCGUGAAGGCUACAAAGGUCCAUGAUAUAAAUUGGAUCGCGGCGCGAAUCUGCGGUCGGAUGCGGCACGGUGUAAGCCUUGUCUGUGCAGCAAGGGCGGGUCCAUAUGCGGCGCACCAAGAGCGGGCCCACCAUGAGAUAGUUGGACGCGCACAGCCCGAUGCGGCACAGGUGGGCCCCAGCUUGGCCUUCAACCUCUACCGGGAGCAGCGCGUCCUUGUUCGCGGUUCACGGUUUACGUCUUGGCCCAUUUCAUCAACCACCGGGGGCAUCAACCCCACCACCCACCUACGAGGCACAACAGCGGCUACCAUUAGCCAGGCACAGAGCAGGCGAGGGGAGGGGCAGGCAGGCAGCCGCCGCUGUCCCGAGCCGCCGCUGGCUCGCGGGCCGGGCAAUUUCAUCAGCCACAUCAGCCGGCCAGGCGCAGGGCACGCAGGCAAAGGGGCGGGCAGACAAGGGCAUGUCCACCUUAAUCAGACAGCCAGCCAGCCCGCGACCCAUGGAUGGACCCAUUUGGACACCCUCGGACCGAUGGGCCGCCGCUGACUCGUGAGAUCGCCGGGGAGCGUCGCUGACCGGAGGGCCGCCGCUGACAGACUCACAGCUGACUCGUGGGGCCGCCGCUGACCAAUGAGGCCUCCGCUGGCGAAGGGGCCACCGCCCAGCAAGGGGCCGCCGCUGACUAAGGGGCUGACAAUGGGGCCGCGCCGCUGCCCCUGGUUCGGGGACUGCCCAUAACAAAGGAGCCGCCACUGACCAGAGGGCCGCCCCUGAGUGACCAGUGGCGCCGCCGCUGACUAAGGGGCCGCCGCUGACCACGGGGCCGGCGCUGACUAAGGGGCCACCAUUGAGUAAGAUGCCACCGCCUACCAAUGGGGCCGCCGCUGACUAAGGGGCCGACGGCUGGCCAGAGCGCCGCCGCUGACUCCCGGGGGGGGCCGCCGCUGACCAGUGGCGCCGCCGCUGACUAAGGGGCCGCCGCUGACUGAGGGGCCGCCGGUGACUAAGAUGCCGCCGCUUACCAAUGGGGCCACCGCUGGCCAGAGCGCCGCCGCUGACCAGAGGGCCGCCCCUGACCAGUGGCGCCGCCGCGGACUAUGGGGCCGCCUCUGACUAAGGGGCCGCCGCUGCCUAAGGGGCCGCCGAUGACUAAGAUGCCGCCGCUUACCAAUGGGGCCGCCGCUGACUAAGGAGCCGCCGCUGGCCAGAGGGCCGCCGCUGACUAAGGGGCCGCCACUGACGGAGGGGCCGCCGCUGACCAAUGGGGCCGCCGUUGAUCAGUGGGGCCGCCGCUGACUAGAGGCCCGCCGCUGACUCCUGGGGCCGCCGGCGACUCCGGAGGCCGCCGCUGGCUCAACCAGCGCCAGGCACGUCCAAUCACCAACCAGCGCCAGGCACGCUCCACGCCCGGGAGCCAGCCCCUACUACCCAACCCACACCCGCUCCGCCACGAGGCACCGGCGGCUGCCUGCCUACCCCCGGCGCCUGGCAGCUCGAGCAGAUGCAGGCAGGCAGCCGCUUCUGACUCGUGCCGCCGCUGACGCCGCUGCCUCGUGACAGCCGCCGCAGACUCGACUCGUGCCGCCACUGGGCCGAGCCGCCGCUGACUCGUUCCGCCGCUGGCUCGUGACGGCCCACCGCUGAGCCUUCAGCCGACGCAAACUCCUGCUUGCAUCACUCCUGCUUGCAUCGGACGGUCCGAGGGUGGGUGGGGUGGUGGUGGGGUUGAUGCCCCCGGUGGUUGAUGAAAUGGGCCAAGAUCAACCUGCCACAGUAGAACAACCUGGCCACAGAAGCAAGCACGCACCCAAGCAACCGCGCAAGCGAAACGCGCUCCCAGGCAAGAGCGCGGGUAGGACAUUGCGUCUGGAGGACAACAGGAAUAGAAAGAGCGUCCUUCAGGCGCAAGCCUGCCGUCGGGAGUAGCUUGGCAACGCUCGGCCUUUGGAGCCUUCACGCACAGAUACCUUUUUCAACCACCAAGAGCGGUGGACUGCUCCGUCUCCUCCCCAUCCACGUGCGUGCGCGCGCGCGUCUCCUCCUCAUCCCCGUGUGCGCGCGGGAGCGCGCGCGCGCCUCCUCCGCAUCCCCGUCUGCGCGCGGGAGCGCGCGCGCGCGCGUCCCCUCCACAUCCCCGUGUGCGCGCGCGCGCCGCGCACAGGAGCGCGCGCGCGCGCGUCCCCUCCGCAUCCCCGUGUGCGCGCGCGCGCGCGCAGCGCACAGGAGCGCGCGCGGGAGCGCGCGCGCGCGCGCACCUCCUCCUGGUCCCCCUGUGCGCGCGCGCGCCGCGCACAGGAGCGCGCACCUCCUCCGCAUCCCCGUGUGCGCGCGCGCGCGCGCGCAGAGCACAGGAGCGCGCGCGGGAGCGCGCGCGCGCGCGCACCUCCUCCUGGUCCCCCUGUGCGCGCGCGCGCCGCGCACAGGGGCGCGCGCACCUCCUCCGCAUCCCCGUGUGCGCGCGCGCGCGCGCAGAGCACAGGAGCGCGCGCGCACCUCCUCCUGGUCCCCCUGUGCGCGCGCGCGCGCGCACCUCCUCCGCAUCCCCGUGUGCGCGCGCGCGCGCGCAGAGCACAGGAGCGCGAGCGGGAGCGCGCGCGCGCGCGCACCUCCUCCUGGUCCCCGUGUGCGCGCGCGCGCGCGCCGCGCACACCAGCGCGCGCGGAAGCGCGCACACACACAUCUGACACACCUGGCUUAAAAGCGUGCGCGCGCGCGUGCGCGCAAAAACGCAGCUCCGCGCGCGCGCGCGCACGCGCAAACGCGCCAAAAAGCGCGCGCGCGCGCGCAAAAACACGCAAAACGCGCGCGCGCGCGCACGCACACCUCACAGCUUUACAUGUCCGAAAAAACCCAAAAAUGCUUGUAUGAGGUGAUUGUACAAAGAAGCAAACACUCAAAGUAUUUGAAAAUCAUACUUGCACCAGGUUGCUGUAUGAGUGCGCUCCCAUCGCGUUUUUGGUAGAACGAGCCGGCGGCGCGAGUUUGGUGGAUCCCGCCUUUUCCGCAGUGCCGCAGAGUGUAUUGGAAAUUGCGGCUCAGGAGCUUGACCAGAGAAUAGGCGUAGUCUACGGGGGCAAGGAAGAAGUAGAUCUCUGUCAGAAACACCUUUUUCCAGAAAACUGAAAAUCAGGCAAAGAAAUCUGAACGCGCAAAAAAAGAACUCACAUGCAAUAGCUGGAGACGAGAACGCAGCACGUUCCUCCACUAUCAAUGCCUCGAGCACGAGCUCCAUCGCGAAUUUUUUUGGGUUGCAAAGAUUUCUUCUGACUACUGGC